ACUUGGGACUUUCCAGUCCCCACAAAGAACAAGUUUCUGGUGGAGAUGUCUCCCCAUCCUACAUAUUAAGCUCCAUAGCACGCUCACAUUGGCCAACAAUGGCAAGAGAAAUAUUGAAGCCUGCGUAAUACCAUUGGAACACCUUCCAGUUGCCACUCUGACACCAUCAACUGGAAGCCCACAUACCUUCAAGAAUGCAUCCAGCCAGUUCAGUUCUACAUACCUUGCAACAUGUCAAAUCAUAUCUAGCCACGAAUUUCUCAUUAUCAAAUUUAGAGGUGGCAAGGAUCUUUAAGGAGAAAUUUCAGAAUCUCCUUGGAUUUCUGUCCAUGAAGCUUGCUUCCCUCUCCAAAACUGUGACACAAUUCGUCAAACACUCUUUCUGGCUUCUGUUUUUCCAAAGCAAUCCUUUUAUAGUUCAGUUCAUUUACUUCAUGGCAAUCUCAUUUGCUGGCUUUCUUGCUCUGAAGAAUCUCAAGCCGCGGGGUAAGCCAGUUCCAAGGGACUUGGACCUGAUGUUCAUGUGUGUCUCCACAGCGACCGUCUCAAGCAUGUCAACAAUUCCGAUGGAGGACUUGUCUGACCAGCAGCUCUGGGUUCUCAUCCUUCUUAUGCUAUUGGGAGGGGAAGUGUUCACUUCAAUGAUAGGGCUUCACUUCAACAACGCAAAGGAGCCACCCAGGAGAAGUUUGCAUUCGAUCAGCAGGGAGACCGAGUCCAACAUUUCUGCAAACAACGAAUAUCAGAUUAGUGUGGAAUGUGACCAAUCAGAAGCAGUCAUAUCACAUAACCAGGUACAGGAAAGAAAAAGCAUGAGGCAUAGUUCUCGCACUAUCUUGGCCUACAUAGUGACAGGUUAUUUUUUAGCUACUGUUGUGUGCAGCUCUGUAGUUAUUAUUAGUUACUUUUGGACUAAUUCAGAUGCAAGGAAAGUCCUACAAAGUAAAGAGAUCAAAAUAUGCACCUUCUCCAUCUUCACAGCAGUGUCCUCAUUUGCAAACUGCGGCUUCACUCCGCUAAAUAGUAACAUGAAAAGUUUCAGAAAGAACUCCAUUCUUUUGCUUCUAGUGAUCCCGCAAAUUCUAGCAGGCAACAUUUUGUUUUCACCACUCUUACGGCUAAGCGUGUGGACCAUGGGGAAGCUCAGUGGAAAAGAAGAGUAUGCUCAUAUCCUUCGGCAUCCUGAGGAGACUGGCUACAAGAAUUUGCACACGCAGAGGAAUUCUGUUUACAUGGUUCUUACUGUAACAGGGCUGAUUUUAUUGCAAGUUAUAUUUAUUUGCUCUUUUGAGUGGGAUUCAAAGGCUUUUGAAGGAAUGAACUGGUUUCAGAAGUUGGUAGGCUCAUUAUUCCAGAGUGUCAAUACAAGACAAGCCGGUGAAGCUCUUUUUGAUAUUUCAACCUUCUCUUCACCAAUUUUGUUGCUAUUCGCAAUUAUCAUGUACCUUCCUUCCAACACUUCAUUUUUUCCAAUCAAUGCUGAUAAACAGCCCUUGGCAGAUAAAAAUCCGAGUAGCAGUGCAAUGUGGAAGAAUUUCGCCGUUACCAGUCCGGCAUGUUUGGCAGUAUUCACAUUUCUAGCAUGUAUAACUGAACGCAAGUCAAUGUCUGCCGAUCCAUUAAAUUUCAACGUCUUCAGCAUAGUAUUCGAAGUGAUCAGCGCAUUCGGCAAUGUAGGGUACUCUCUAGGACACAGUUGCGAGAAGUUGCUGAAACCUGACGCCAAUUGCAGAGCUGCUUCGUAUGGGUUCGUCGGCUGGUGGACCGACGAAGGUAAGCUGUUAAUUAUCUUUUUGAUGGUCCUCGGGAGGCUCAAGAAGUUCAUCCUCAAAGAGGAAAAGCUUGGCUGUGCACCUAGAGCACCACUUCAGAGGCUGGACGCUGCGCGAUUACCAACACCAUGAUCAAAAGAAGUCGUAAAUCUUGCGUGUGACAGUGGAACAAAUUUGUCGGAACAGCAAUUGCAGCUGUACAAAUGCAAGAGAUUCAUCAGAUGAAUGAAUGAAGAAAUCGCGAUUAUCAGGCA